UUGGCCUUGGGUCAUCCUAAAGCGGGUUUACAAACGAUAAAGUUCUUUUGCACUCUUGCCUCUGUUGUAGAGAGUAGCAAGAUAAUGAGUGAAAGGAGGAAAAGAGCUUGGAGAGAAAGUAGUGAAAAUUAAUUCCUUGUUCAUGUUGAAGAGGAUGCCUGGCCUUGUCCAGAAUGAGUGUAACGGAAGGGGGAGCCCUACCAAAAGAAAACGGCUUUCCCUUAAGUUCUUUCAGAAAAAAGAAGCCAAACGAGCACUUGAUUUUACUGAGAAGCAAGAAAAUGAGCACAGUCCUUCAGAGCCAAAAAGGCUAGAUAAAUGUGACAAGACUGUUUCUGGAGCCCAGCUGGUAGCUUCUGCAGUUGACUAUGAAAAGAGAGAGGAGCUUCUACCAUUUGUUGGCCUAAACAAUUUGGGAAAUACAUGUUACCUCAAUAGUGUGCUGCAGGUGUUGUAUUAUUGCCCUGGAUUUAAAACUAGGAUGGAAUUUAUGUAUGACAUAAUCACCAAGAAUCAAGAGAUGCUGAAGAGUGAGGAGGAUCCCAAAACAGACCAGGACAUAACAAAUGGUCGAGAGGAAUUGCCAAUUUGCCUAGAGCUGAUCUGCAACUUGCAUAGCUUGAUUGUAUCUAUGGAACAGAUUCAGGCCAACUACCUUCUCAAUGCUGAGAAUUACACAGAGGGAGACCUUGCUAUUCAGCCUAAAAGGCUGAUGGGUACAUUGAGAGAGCUGAAUCCAAUGUAUGAUGGAUAUCUCCAGCAUGAUGCACAGGAAGUUUUGCAGUGUAUUUUAGGAUAUAUCCUAGAAGCUUGCCAGUUAUUAAAGAGUCAAACAUCUGCUGAAGAAAAGAUUGACCCUGAGACACGUGUGGAGAAUAAAGUGAACAGGCCCACUGAAAUCUCAAACGUCAGAAAUAUUGUUGUACAAGACAACCAUGAAAUGCCUGAUCUGGAGAAAGAGGAAACACUAAAGAAGAAAAAUGGAAAAAGAAAAAGUGUCACUCAAGCGGGAAAUGCCAUGAAAAGGUCUAAAUUGCCAAAUGAUCCAAAAAAUAUAGAAGGGAAGCGGCAAACAAGAGGGAAGAGGAAACCUUCAGGAGACAAUAUUGAGCAAGAGCCUGACACUGAUGCUAACAAUAUAUCUGAAAAUAGCACUGCUGGCAUCAUUGCCCAGAAAAAGACACGACUUGGGUUAAGAUGGCUAAAACCUACAGUGAACCAGCCAAGUAUACUUUCAAAAUUCUGUAGUCUUGGAAAACUGACAUCAAAUAUAAGCACCAAAGAACCAAGUAAUGAUGAUGCAAGUGGAUAUCAGCCAAAUUAUACUAUAAAUGAGGACAGUUCAACCAAUUUCCACUGUUGUUCAUCAGGCUGUGCAACCCAGUGUAUUCAAGAAAUCGCCAGUGAGAAAAAUCAAGACUUGUCUGAAAUUGAAGACAUGAGCACAAGUAAAACAGAGCUGUCUGGCUUUGAGCUGAUGGAUGGAAUGUUCCAAGGACAGUUAGUUCUGAGAACACGAUGCUUGGAGUGCGAGUGUUACUCUGAACGAAGAGAAAAUUUCCAAGACAUCAGUGUACCUGUACAAGAGAAUGACCCCAAGGAGAAAAGCUCUGAGAUAUCACCAGAACCAAAGAUGGAGAUUAAAACAUUGAAGUGGGCAAUAUCGCAGUUCGCUUCAGUGGAAAGAAUAGUUGGUGAAGACAAAUAUUUCUGUGAAAACUGUCAUCAUUACACAGAAGCUGAACGCAGCUUGUUGUUUGACAAGAUGCCAGAAGUUGUAACUAUCCAUUUAAAGUGCUUUGCAGCAUGUAACUCGGAAUUGGAACCUUAUGGCAAUCUCUCAAAAGUGAAUACUCCCUUACUGACUCCUCUUACACUUUCACUGGAAGAAUGGAGUACUAAAGAGGCCAAUGACAGCUAUGAACUGUUUGCAGUAGUCAUGCAUAAUGGGGUGAGUAUUAGUAGUGGUCAUUACACAGCCUAUAUAAAAAUGACAUAUUUUGGCAGUCGAGAGAUGCCCAAAGAAGAAUCUGCAUUGAACUGUGCACAUGGUGUGAAACAGGAAUCAGUCACUGAAGAACAGGCAAAAAACUCUGUUUGUUCACAUGAAUAUGAUGAUGGAGAGAUAUCAGUUAAAUUAAAAGGAAACUUUCAAGCAGCAGCAUCUGGUAAAACUACAAAGAAGAAUGCAGAAAGUGUUGGGCUCCUGGGUGGACAAAAAAAUUUGUCCAGCUUUGAUCUGUAUGCCUCCAAGAACAAGAAUGACCCUGAAAAACCUAGAUUUGCACUGAAAGAAAAUGACAAAUUGGACUCUGUUAACUUUGAAGACAAAUAUAAUUGCUUCAAUGACCAAAGCAGUUUUAACAGUCAACAUGGAGUACCAAAAACUGGGAGGAAUGCCCCAGAAAAUGGGGUUCCUCCAAGUUGCUGUAGUCUGCAGGAGUAUGAAGGAAAAUGGAUGUUGUUUGAUGAUGCUGAGGUGAAACUCACAGAUGAACAGGAUUUUCUCAGCUCACUUUCUCCAUCAACUUCUUGUGCAUCAACACCAUAUCUGUUGUUUUAUAAGAAAAUGGCAAACCCAUAAAAAUGCACCUGGAGAGAUUGCUAUAAAUAAUUUCACCAUAGCAUAUCUUUCACUGCUUGUUAUGUAAUAUAGAGAAUUAUUUUCAAACCUUGCUAGUGAAGUUUCAUGAAUCAAGCAUAAUCAAAACAGUCUGAUAAAAUAAGCCUUCAAAUUAGUGUUUAAAUAUGAAAAGAUUGCAGGCUCUAAACUUUUGAAAAUUAACACAAGUACACUAUUCACAUAGAUGUUCUGUGCAACAUAUACAUUCCUUGUCUCCCUGGGAGAUGACCUUGAUUUUACAACUCUCCUCCACCCCAAUUUGUUCAAAGGUGAUUUAAAAUCACCACAGCCAAGUGUAAAACACCUUGCCAUAUUUAUAAAAUAGUCAAGAAUGGGAUCAGCUACAUUUUAGAAGUUUGGAAAAUGGUGGCGGGCAGAGUUUGACCUGAAUUCCUCCACCCCUAAUACUUCCAGGUACCUUUGAGGCAGGUGCUGUGUCACUCAGUCUACCUAUCAAAGUUAAGUGUGAUUACUGCCAGAUAUUUGGUAUUUCUCCUGCUUCUACUUUGUUGGCUGAGGUCAACUCUGAACAAACCUGAACGAAUCUACUAAAUUCUAAUCUUGGCACUUCUGCUGAGUUGUCUGCUUAAUAAAACCACAUAUCAUUUAAGAGUUUAUAAUGUCUUGCUCUUAAUUCAACCAUUUGAUGUAGACAUAAGACAUUAUGUAACGUUUAUAAUUUCUUCUUUGCAAUAAUACGGAUGAUGAUUGUAAAUAAUAUCCUAAGAAGGCCCUUUCUUUCUGGAUUACCUUCUCAGAAAUUCUCUACAUGUUUGAGAAUAUGUACAUGAAAUCUGGAAUAUAGUCACUGAUUUCUAUUUUCUUAAGCAUUGUAUUAUAAAUUAGUUAUGUAAAUAAAACUUUGUACAAAAUUACUUUAAAGUUUAAUUAUACAACUAGUGUAUAGUUUCUAAGGUAUUCUAAAAGCUGUCCUAUUAAUUUGCAUCCAAUUUGUAAAUGCACUUAAAAGGUUGUACAUACACCCCACUGGUCUUUUAAUAACAUUUAUUUGAAUUGAUAAAGCCUGCAUGCACAUAUCUAUUGUGUCUUGGUUCUUUCUCAUUUUUCACAAGUGAUGUGUUUAGCAUAAGGUGGAGACUAAACAAGGUCUGAUCACUGUCCUAAAUGGGUAUCAGUAAACCAAGGCAGCUUUACUGCCACAGGAACUAAUGGUUUUUCACAGAUGUUCAAUUCGCAACAGCUAAUUAAAAACAAAAGUCAUUACCACAAAUCUGAUACUGUUUUUUUUUACUUUAACAUUGACAAUUCUAUCUUCAGUUUAAUGUUUUUGUGAAUUGUAUAAUUUAAGUGUUGUGAUCAUAAACUGUUUUUGAUGGUAUGGGUUGGUGUAGUUAUGGGCAGAAUACUGUUUACUUCUGAUUUGAAGCUAGCCCUGGAUACA